AUGAAGGCCACUUUCCUUGCAGUGGGACUGCUUGCAGUGUCGCAGCAAGUUGUCGCCGUUGUCGAUAGCUUCACACCAGCAGAUUUCGACUGGAACAGCCAAGUUGGUCGCUAUGGUGUUGCGAUGCAGAACAUGACGACAACACGUGCUCCCACCAAAGAGAUGGUCGUCUUCGCAGCUAACGUUCACAACAUCACCGAGUUGGAUCUUGCGCGAGCCCAGCUUCUGGGCAUCGAACUCUCGGUGUCAGCCAUCUUAAGGGGUGUUGGUUGGGCCACUGGCCUCGGAGGCGUUGUUUCCACAGCUCUUGGGUGCUACGAGGUGAUUGCUGCUGCGUAUGGUGGUUUGCAGUCUACCGCAAUAUCAAAAGCGAGUUGUAUCAUCGGCGCAGCCAGCGGGUUGAUCAGCCUGGGCGGCUCGGGCGUGGCUUUCUAUCUCGCGCAAAGAGCGGACUGGGCUGCCGCCAGAGUGACCACAAUCGCACACAGCGCACCACUUCUACCAGAUCCCAGCAGCACAUUCGGGCAAAGCUUUGCGGAGAGUAUUGAAAUGCACGGAUUCCGUGGACUAGGGCGCCGCGAAGAUCAUCCAUGGAAGCGUGACUUGCAAGGCAGGGGUCUUUCGAACGAAGAGGAGUGGGACCAGUACUUCCACAACCACGUAACCGCAGCAAUGAUCCGGAAUGCAAACUUCGGGCACUCAGAGUUCCUGGGCUACGCCAAUGACAAGCAUCAGCUGAGCAAGCGUGACGGUGUUCACGCGUUGGUUCCACGCUUCAAGUUCGAACACCCAAGAGAUGGACAUGUGGUGUUGUCUACCAAAUUCACCAAUACAACUUCUCACAUCACCAUCGAGCCAUUCAUCGAGGGAAACCCAAACAUCCACAAAAGAUGGCAGGAACAGUACCGCAAGGAAGUUAUCGAAGAUGGUAGGCUGCUCGAGGGUCGCUUUGAUCAUGAGGCCGCUAUAGCUGAUYCAGCAUGGCAAGACAUUACUGUUGAUGAGAACGCAAUGUUCCAGAUGGCCGAGGACAGCUUGCACUGCACCCUUGGCGCCAACGUCGAUGAUGGCUGGUCAUUGGACCAAGUCCUUGACGUACAGAUGUAUGACAAUACCAACCGAGCGACCUUUGGUUAUGCCACUCUAGGCGUCUUUCAGGAUUCCGCCCCUGAAAACGAUUUGAGCGAUACUAUGCCACAGCCUCCGAUCACUGGCGGCUGCUAA